AUGAUAUCGCAGGAGCUGAAGGACGAACUUGAUGCCUUGGAGGCCAUUUUUCCCGGGUGCUAUGACUUCAUAAGCGAGCAAGUCUAUCGUUUCCGAAUACCCAAGUACGAAUACAUUAGCAUUCGCAUCAGGUUUCCCGAGAAGUAUCCGGAGGAAAUACCUCAAAUUCUAAACGUCAAAUGUGACAAACGGGGAUUUGACGAGAAGCAUGUGGCUCAACUUUUGCAGGAAGUGCUCGACUCUAUCUUCAAACCUGGGGUUGUGUGUGUGUUUGACUUCUUUACUGAGUGUGAUGCGAUUUUAUAUUCCGGGGAGGACGAAGAACAGGAGGAGGCUCAAAGGCCACCAAAGACACUGGAUCCUCUGGCUAAUUGGUCCAUUUCCGAAGCCAUUAGCGAUAGAAAAUCGACCUUUGUUGGUUUUGCUCGUUCGGUAGAUUCGGUUGAAAAAGCCAUUGAGUACCUGGAACUGCUGAAGCAGGACCGUAAAGUGGCCAAAGCGAACCAUAAUAUGACUGCCUGGCGAAUCAAAGACCCAGAAACGGGAGCACAGUAUCAGGAUUGCGACGAUGACGGAGAAACAGCAGCAGGUGGACGGCUUCUGCAUCUUCUAUCCAUCAUGGACGUCUGGAAUGUGAUGGUUGUAGUUUCAAGAUGGUUUGGAGGUGUCCAUAUUGGCCCCGACAGAUUCAAACAUAUUAAUGCGUGUGCCAGAGACGCAAUAGUGAAGGGCGGAUUCGAGAUAGCGGGCGCCAAAAAGAAGAAGAAAAAGAAGAAAUAA